UUUAUUAUUCUUUUUCAUAUUACAUCGACGGACCAAAAGCAGAGUAAUCAAUAAUGGCGACUCAGCUCGUGAGACGGGUCCUCGGUAGCCAAUCGAACCAGAUCCUCUCCGCUACAAACCCCAACCCAAGCUCAAUUUUACCUAUAGCUAGAUACUUUUCUGCCGACACUACUCCGAUCCGAGCCACUCUCUUCCCCGGCGACGGAAUCGGCCCCGAAAUAGCCGAGUCCGUUAAACAGGUGUUUAGAACAGCUGAAGUGCCAAUUGAAUGGGAGGAGCACUAUGUCGGAACUGAAGUUGAUCCCAGAACUCAAAGUUUUCUGACAUGGGAAAGUUUAGAAUCAGUACGGCGAAAUGGGGUAGGCUUGAAAGGGCCUAUGGCAACACCAAUCGGAAAAGGUCAUCGUUCUUUGAACCUUACUUUGAGGAAAGAGCUUAAUUUGUAUGCCAAUGUUAGGCCUUGCUACAGCCUUCCUGGCUAUAAAACUCGGUAUGAUGAUGUAAAUCUUAUCACUAUCCGUGAAAAUACUGAAGGGGAGUACAGUGGUCUGGAACAUCAAGUGGUAAGAGGUGUGGUUGAGAGUCUCAAAAUUAUUACCCGUCAGGCUAGUUUGAGGGUGGCUGAAUAUGCUUUUCACUAUGCUAAGGCCCAUGGAAGAGAAAGAGUGUCUGCAAUACACAAAGCUAAUAUUAUGCAGAGAACGGAUGGUCUCUUCCUUAAGUGUUGUCGUGAAGUUGCAGAGAAGUACCCUGAGAUAGUAUAUGAGGAAGUUGUUAUUGACAAUUGCUGCAUGAUGGUACAUGUCGAACACUUUUUAGGUCGUGAUAAACUACAUAACCACUACGGGUUGGAUUAUGGUGACAUUAUCAGUGAUUUAUGUGCUGGUUUGAUUGGUGGAUUGGGCCUAACACCAAGUUGCAAUAUUGGAGAGGGAGGAAUUGCCCUUGCUGAAGCUGUUCAUGGUUCAGCACCUGAUAUUGCUGGAAAGAAUUUGGCAAAUCCAACUGCCUUGCUGCUGAGUGCUGUGACAAUGUUGCGGCAUUUAGAGCUCCAUGAUAAGGCUGAUAGGAUCCAGAAUGCUAUCCUCAACACAAUCGCAGAGGGGAAGUACCGAACUGCUGAUCUUGGUGGCUCUUCAACAACCACCGAUUUUACAAAGGCUAUUUGUGAUCAUCUUUGAAGAUAUGUUGCUACAUAGGAUUGAGGUCAUGUUGAAUUGCCAGCUCUGAUUUUUUUGAGCCAUGUCUCAGAUGUUCAUUUCUUUAACCAAAGUUUUUUUCUUUAAGGGGAAUAAGACCCAUCACCUUGAUGACUAUUUAAAAGUUGCUCUGUUGUCACUGUUCACCCUGGGGGAAUAUGAGCGUCCUUGAGAAGGUAAAUACAGCAUAAAUAAUGUGCGCGAUGUCAUGUGAAAUUUCAAAUAAUUUUAACUAAAAGAUUGUUCAGAGAAAAUUGCUCGGCUCUCA